AUGAAGGGGAUCAACCAGACAAAGUCAGUGGCCCUGUACGGAAGGACAAGGAAGCUGAGAAAGGAAAUCAAUGAACAAUUCAAACAGUUUGCAUUGAAACAAGGGAUUCCAGAAGACCUGAUUCUAUUUCUGCCUGAACGAGGUGAACACAUUGAGGCCCUGAGCCUCAUUAUACCUGGCAAAAGUUCAACAUUUAGAGAUAACACAAAACUUGGAAGUUUUAGCAACUUUGAGGAGGAUAAUGAUGGACUUCAAGAAGAUAUAAUCAGGUUUUAUGUAACCAUCGAUAAAUUAAUCUUGUCUCUAUCUUUUUCUACAGAAUCCUGCAAACUGAUCCCUGAUGCUGGUCCCUGCUUUGGUCGUGUAUCCAGAUUCUACUACAACCACACCUCGAUGACCUGUCAGAAGCUUAAUUAUGGAGGUUGUCUUGGAAACGGGAACAAUUUUAAAACGGAGCGGGAGUGUUUGCAGACCUGCCGAACUGUAGCUGCCUGCAGAUUGCCUAUAGAAGCUGGCCCAUGCAAAGCGAUUAUUAAUCUCUGGGCAUUUGACUCGGUAAUUGGUAAAUGUGCUCCCUUCCAGUACAGUGGAUGUCAAGGAAAUGGCAACAAGUUCUAUACCCAGAAGGAGUGUGAGGAGUACUGUGAUGUUGUCCCAGAAGGAGAGGAUGGGCUUCUGGAUGUUCCAAAGAAAGUAUAGCCGGAAAUAAAAGAAGAAAAACUUGAGAGCGAUGAUGGAAAUAGUCAUUAAAGUGAUGACUUAACAUGAUCCAUAAGACA